AUGCGCGCACGCACACAGACAGACAGACACAAGCCACCACGGCUGCUGCAGCAUCCCUCCCCUACUCCCUACCUAUCUGUGUAUGUAGUGGACCAAAGAAACAAUGCGGCAGUACAGCCCUCUAACAAUCAACAUCAACAUGCGCUCUUGGCCCUUGUUCUCAAGAAAGUAAAGCAACUGGCGCAGUUCGUUGAGCAGACUGUGCAGAGCACGCUCGUCGAAGGCCGCCCGGGUGCCUCGUUGCCCUCAGCGCGGCUGCUGGAACCGUUCGGUUGCACGCGUCCACGCACGACCGCCAGCGCUGUCCAAAGUGCCCGCGAAGUAGGGCUCAAGCUUUCCCACCCGGCCUGCACUUGCAUCCACCGCCCGCACCGCCGGCCGGGGGUGCCAGUGAUUGGCGAGCCCUGCCGACCCCCCCUGGCCCGAGACCCUGCCCUUCAUCUCGCGGCGUCGAGCAUUAGGGCGCAUUGGGACCUGCAGACUGGGUGCAUUCUCUCACUCACUCCCUCACUCACUCUCUCCCCCUCAUACACACACACUCUCUCUCUCCCCCCCCAGCCUUCGAGCUUAGCUCAGGCACAGCCCGUAGAUAUUUACAGACGCCCGUCCCUUCGCUCCACGAGCUACCUAGCUAACCAACCCCAUCCACCUACCUACCUACCUACAUCCAUACAUCCCCAUCCAUACAUAAUUGCCUACAUCCAUACAUACAUACACCUCCUAGUCAUUCACCUCUCCCACCCGUCAGUCAGAACCCAAAUUGGCACGAACCCACCCCGACCCUUGUCCACUUCCGUCUAUACUAUUUCUUCAUCUCCCGCUUCGUCCCCCGAAUCCGCCUCCCCAAAACCGUCUUUCCGCUGCUUGCUGCCCCGUGCGAAACAUGAUCACCUAGCUAGCCAAUUCUCCAUUUGUUAUAUAUACUUGCCCCCCCAUCCGCCUCAGUCAGCUAUGUCGGAUCCCAGUGACUUGAGCGGCCCCCCAUUGGCCUCGACCAUCCACCAGCAACACCACCAGCAGCAGCAACACCAACACCAACCCUCUCAAGCCAACCAAGCUUCACCACCCUCCGCCUCUCGCCGCCGCCGCCGCCGUCAAGACUCACAGUCCUCGGAUGAACGCGUCGACUCUGCCAAACCAAUCUCUUCCCGUCGCCGACUUGGAUCCAGGAAGGAACCCCGCCGCGACUCUUCCAUUGUUGACAGUCCCACCAUGCAACGUUCCGCAAGCCCUUCGCACCCAUCGCCAGAUUCGGUCCACUACACCAGGACUGGUCGCAUCAGCAAAGCGAAGAAGGGUCUGAAAGUACACAAUUGCGAAUGUGGUCGGUCGUACACCCGGGCAGAGCAUCUAAGGCGUCAUCAGAAGAACCAUGCCCAAGACACUUUGCUUUGCGAGUACCCAGGAUGUGGGAAGCCAUUCUUCCGCAUAGAUCUUCUGCAACGACACCAGGAACGACACAAUGAAACGGAAAACGGUUCUCCCCAGCCCUCCGCCUUCAGCCCAGGAAGCACUGGAGAAGCAGAAGUCACGGUUUCUGCACCACCGCCCGUGGCCACGCCUACCGUGGCUUCGACUCCCCAUCCACCCUACUACCCGCAAUCAGCUUCCCCCAUGCCAGAACCGGCACCAGAUGCAAGCGGCAACACCAAACACAGAUCCCCAUUUUCGACACGCCAGGCCCCUGCUGUUCCAGUGCCUAUGGAUGGUCUUCAGACAGCCGGCAUCCCCUGGAGUGACUCCUUCAGCCAAUCGCCAAGCUAUUCGCCCUCGAGCGGAUACGCUUCUCCCAUCCCCCACUCGGGCGAUUACGCAAACAUGUUUGCGAACCCUCCAUAUGGCCCCGGGGCGAUUCGUACACGAGCAUCCUCCAAUGCGUCUUACAACGAACCCAACUGGUCCUAUCCAUCGCGCUCGCCCACAUCCGCCACUUCCACCAUGGCCUACGCCUGGAACUCGAACGACAAGAGUCCUGCGCCCCCACACAUGGCGUACAUGACCACUUCGUACCCGAUGACAAGCGUGCCAAUGACAUCUGGCGUGGAAUCGAUGCCGUAUGGGCAUUAUGGCGGUCCCAAAACACUGGCGCAGAGGGAUCAGGAUGAGCAGGCAAUCCUCUUUCCAGAACAAUCCUAUGGUAUGGGUCAAAUCGCACACACUUAUCCCUAUGAACAAUAUCUGAACAAUUACUGGAGACACUUUCACCCCACCUUUCCCGUCAUACACCGAGCUACAUUUGACAGCAUAGCGUCCGCGCCGACGCCUAUGCUCCAGGCUGCCGCCAUCGCGAUCGGUGGCCAGUACUCGAGCGACCCGAGCGUCAAACGAAAAUCACGAAUACUGCACGACCGGUGCAUGAAGUUGCUCAACCUGAGAGACUUCAGCGUCAUGACCGAAGGAGACCGCACAUGCGAUUGGCAAGCAUUGUUUCUCGUUGAAGUUCUUUCUCAGUACCGCGCGCGGCGAGCAGCCAAAUCACUCUCGUUGCGAUUUGAAAUGGUUUACCGUCAACUCUGCCAAAACUUCCGCACGGUGACAUCGAGCCUCGUCGAUAUCUCCAGCGCUCUGGUGCAACCCGAAAAUGCAACAGCGGAUCUCUGGGCGCAGUGGGUCGAACUUUCAACCCAACAACGUCUGCUGCUCGGUUGCUACAUCUUAGAGUGCCACCAAGUCACAUUGCUCGCUCGCGACACGCCACAGCCGCUCACCCAACUGUCCGGUUUGGACCUUCCGUUCCCGUCACAUUCUUCCCUUUGGGAUGCCACCAGCAUUACGUCAUGGGCUAUGGAGGCCCAACAGUAUUCCCACCUGCCACCAUACGUUUACCAGGUCACUUCGGAUCUAGUCACAAACGCUUUCGAUGUUUUCCAAUCAUCUCUUCUCAUUACGGCUCAUCACAACCAUUUCCCUCCUUCCCAGUGCGUAGUUGAGCAUCUACUAAGUGACUCGGCUGCCACCAAGCAUCAACUCCUUACGUCCAAACUGGUUCAUGUCACACCUAUUCGAGCACUCCUCGGCGUCUCGGGCGAAUCGUGGAUCCUAUCCGAGAAAGUGUCAUCGCCGCAAGUAUUCAAUGACCUCAAGGCAGCAUUGCGAUCCUGGGUCAACGGCUUGUGGGCCGAUCCGUCGGGAUCACAGGAGGAGCCGCUCGUCAAAGAUGCUUUGAAGUUGGCCAUUGAGAUUCUUCAACAUGCUUUGGCAGCACCCAAUGACACUCUUCGACUCGAGCUUGGGGCGGACAUGGGCCUUUACUAUGCUGUUCUCGUUAUCUGGGUCGUCACGGUCGCUACUACUACCCACCCCGACGCACCCCAACCUCCUCUGCAGUAUCCUUUGCAUCCUGCAUUAUCAGCACCACAUGGCUUUUCUACCCAGGAUCACUUGGUAGUCGACUCUCCCGAAAUCACACCCAACCCGGCUCAUCCUGGUACAUUGUUCUCCCUCCCCGAGCAACUCACAUCUCAAGUACAAUCCUCGCCACCUUCAGACAUGCAGCAUGCGGAGACAACCGCCAUGAUGUCACUGAGCUUCCUGGAUAAUGCCCUUGUUGACCUCAAUUAUCUGGGGAUGGUACCCCAGUGGCCGCGCGAUCCCGCUCAAUGGCAACAGGGCUGCAGCGUACUCACGCGGUGGGCAAAGAUGAGAUUGAGAAAUGCCUCAACCGAGGCGCAGGAUAGCGUCGUCUCAUCAUGCUCCAACCCUGGCCCCGCAAGUGCUGCAAUGGGAUGUGGUGGCGAUGGGUACGGCGAAGUCCUCGAUGGGGUUAUCGGUGUUCUGGACAAGCUCGUAGAGAAGGGGUGGACCAUCUGGGAGAUCUAA